AUGUCCAAUAAAAAUUACACUAUGAUUCAUUAUCAUAUCCCAUAAGAUUUGGAUGAUCCAGAAUAGCCUAAUGCUUAUACGUAUUGAGUAUGGUUAAAUAUUAUUAGAAUUCAAUUAAAUAUCAAAGAUAUCACAUACACAGAUAUUCUUAAGACAUUCCCAAUCAAGGGAUAAUUUGACUUUAAAUUUUUAUAUCAACAUUAAAAAGAAAACUUUUGGCUUGAUAUUAAAUCUAAUGCUACUCCUUUACCAAUAGUGAAUAAGCAUAUUCAUGUAAGAGCUGAGCGUGUUGUAAAACCAUAAGAAACUCAACCUAUUUAAAUUGUUUAACCAUUAUAAUAAAGUUAACCUGUUUAAUAAUAAUAGAAUGAUUUAAUGUAAUUUUGA